GUUGCGUGCUCGGCCCUGCGCUUAUAUGCACCACUCGCGCUCGCCUGCUUCUGGAUCCCUCUCCUCCUCCUCGCCAGUCCCACCUCCCCUUCUUCCUCGCAGCAGCCUUAUCUCUUCUCCGGCUCAGCCUAGCAAAAGCGCUCUCCGGCCAGCGAGAAAGCAAGAAGGCGGAGGCAUGAAGAUCCAGUGCGACUCGUGCGGCGUCGCGGCGGCCACGGUGGUGUGCUGCGCGGACGAGGCGGCGCUGUGCGCGCGCUGCGACGUGGAGAUCCACGCCGCUAACAAGCUCGCCAGCAAGCACCAGAGGCUCCCGCUCGACGCGCUCGGCGCCAAGCUCCCGCGCUGCGACAUCUGCCAGGAGAAGGCCGCCUUCAUCUUCUGCGUCGAGGACCGGGCGCUCUUCUGCCGCGACUGCGACGAGCCCAUCCACGUCCCCGGCACGCUCUCCGGGAACCACCAGCGCUACCUCGCCACCGGCAUCCGCGUCGGCCUCGGCCCCGUCUCCGCCUGCGCCGCCCACGACGCCGACCACCACGCCCCGCCCAAGGUCUCCUGCGAGCCCCAGCCCGCCGCCCGCGCGCAGCAGGUCCCCUCGCCGCCGCAGUUCCUGCCGCAGGACUGGGCCGUCGACGAGCUCCUGCAGUUCUCGGACUACGAGUCCAGCGACAAGCUGCACAAGGACUCGCCUCUCGCCUUCAAGGAGCUGGAGUGGUUCACCGCGGACAUGGAGCUCUUCCACGACCACGCGCCCAAGGGCGGCAGGGCGACCAUGGAGGUCCCCGAGUUCUUCGCCUCGCAGGCGGCAGACGACGCGGCCUACUACAGGCCGAGCAGAGUCGCCGCCACCGCCGGCGUGCGCCAGAGCAAGAAGGCCCGCGUCGAGAUCCCCGACGACGAGGACUUCUUCAUCGUGCCUGAUCUUGGCUAAGCGAUGCUCCUAGAUGCUAGUACCUCCUCGUGUGAUUUUGCAGUGUUGUUGUAUACAGAGAGGAGCUGUGUACAAAAGCUAGUCUUCUGUCGAACUGUGCCCCUGUGCAUCUUGACGUAGCAUCGCUGAACUGUGACAUAUAAUAAUUAUUAUCGUAAGAUAUGAGCUUUGCAAAAUGGACGCUUUUGAUGUACCUCUGUACUUUUGCACUAGUUAGAGCAUCUCUAGUGGCUUGUGUAAAUUUGGUAGUCUAUAUCUUCACAUACACAAUGAUGUAAUUUUUUUUCAUUUUAGACAACCUCAGUUUUUCAGUGGAUUGUCUAAAUUUGGUAGUC